GGAAAUCAUAGCGGCCAUAGCGCAGGUGGUCCCACGCGCCUUGGAGCCUCCACUGGAGGACUCGCUCAGGAAGGGUCUGGUGCUAUUUUGAGGAAAAUAAGACCAAGAUGAGAUGGAACCAAAAAAAAAAGGCGAGGAAUAAAAAUAGAGAGGGUGAACAAAUCGGCAGCGCGUCUCAAGACUGAAUGGCAAGGCUGGGUGACGAUGCUUCCUUCACUUCUCCCAUCAAAUGCUUCUAUUUACUUGCCUUGGGCCCUGCAGCAUCGUCUCUCGCGGCUGUGGUCACGCUGGGCGGCUUAUCGUCGUCGCAGAGGGACAUGGCGUCGUCGGUUGUGGUCGCAUUGUUCAAGUUCAAGCGGCGCUCUAUCGAUGCUAUGCGAGUAAGCAACGGGGCGCUGGGCAUUUAUCGCGUUCGCAGCGAUUCCAGCCGGUUGCGUUCACUGCCAGGGCUCUCGGGCUCCUGGUUCGGAGAAAGGGAGAAGAAGGAGAGGAGGGGAGGCUGGCAUGGGAGAGGUCACUCGUACCGGGUUGGUAGCAAUAUCACGGAGAAGAGGCGGAUAAAGAGCUGCACUGUUCAAUACCUGGAGACGGAUCAAUACAAAUCAUGUGAAGCGACACUCCGCCCAAGAUGA